AUGUACCUGAAACUGUAUUAGGAAUACAUAAUACGAUAUCAGGAAUACUAAACUGAUAUCAUAAAUACAUGAUAUACAUGUUUACUAAUCAUGCCCGUUUGGCUACUACAUAAUUGUUUUUUAAAAACCCUUCCUUCCUUUUUUUCCUUCCUUCCUCCUUCCUUCCUUCCUUUUCCUUUCCCUUCCCCUUUCCCUUUCCUUCCUUCCUUCCUUCCUUCUUCCUUCCUUCCUUCCUUCCUUCCUUCCUUCCUUCCUUCCUUCCUUCCUUCCUUCCUUCCUUCCUUCCUUCCUUCCCUCCCUCCCUCCCUCCCUCCCUCCCUCCCUCCCUCCCUCUCUCUCUCUCUCUUUCCUCCCCAUCUCUCCCUUCUCCUCCAUCUGUCUAACUGGAUUGUGACAGUGCUCUAUCAUAGGGACUGGAAUUUACAUUCAUGUGGUUUCACCCUCAUGUUCUAUAGAUCUGCCAUAGCCAGGGCUGGGCUCUUGUCAGCAUGCCCACAAACAUGCCAUCUGGCCACCCUGCCAAACUAUAGGCCCACUGCCCACAAUCCAAGCACACAUGCAUACAUAUACCCUUAACAGCACCUCCCACUUUCCUCCCCUGGUUGUCAAUGUGUGUGUGUGUGUGUGUGUGUGUGUGUGUGUGUGUGUGUGUGUGUGUGUGUGUGUGUGUGUGUGUGGUGUGUGUUGGAGGGGCAGGAGUAUAGAGAUGAAUCUUGAUUUACAUCUAUUGGCAGGAGUCUGUCUAUGAGGAGUUGUUGAUGUUGUUGUUGUUGUUGUUGUUGUUGUUGUUUGUUGUUUGGGAGGGCCUGGCAGUCAGGCUGUGAGCCAAAACAGCAUUUACUGCUGCUCUUUAAUUAUUUGUUAUUAAAAAAUGUUACUUAUCUAUUUUUUACUCAACACUUAUUUUUCUUAAACUGCAUUGUUGGUUAAGGGCUUGUAAGUAAACAUUUCACUGUAAGGUCUACACCUGAUGUAUUCGGCGCAUGUGACAAAUAAAAUAAAAUAAAAUUGGUUUGAUUCUCUCAGUGGCCUUGGCUGUGUGUGUGUGUGUGUGUGUGUGUGUGUGUGUGUGUGUGUGUGUGUGUGUGUGUGUGUGUGUGUGUGUGUGUGUGUGUGUGUGUGUGUGUGUGUGUGUGUGUGUGUGUGUGUGUGUGUGUGUGUGUGCGUGCGUGUGUGUAUGCAUUUAUAUGUUUAUAUGCGUUGUGUUUGUGUGUUUUGGCAAAAAUUUGAUGAAAAUGGAAUUUCACUCAUAAUUUAAAAAAGCAUCUCUCCCUUUCUCUCUGUCUCUCUCUCCAUCUCUCUCUAUUCUCUGUGUGUGUCCUUGAGGUGAGAGGAAGUAGCAGAGGUGGUCAGUCUGAUAUAAAUGUUUUCAUUAUUUAUGGAGUGAGUGUGUUAGUCCUUCUCACCUCUCUACAGAAAGAUGUAAUUGAAUACAAUAAGAAGCCUUCCAGCUGGCCUACACACACACACGCACACACACUGUGAGCCGCCAACACUGUGAAGGCUUAAUACAGAGAGAAUGUGUAACAGCAUUGGAUGUGUGUGUAUGUGUGUGUGUUUCUUUUUCCUUUCUGUGUGAGAGGCAGGCGGAGCGGUUGUGUUUCUGCUGGUGAAUAGUGUAGCUGCCCUUGGUUACCCCUCCUGCCUCCUUCACCACCGCUUCUGCUUUUCACUCAUAACUACAGUUUGGGACCAGUGAUGAGCACCAUUCAGGGGCUCUGCUUUGUGACUGGGCUGUCUAGAUGCCUUCAGGUUUUAAACUGGUUAUUAUUAUUAUGGUUUCUGCCUGACACAAAAGGAGAGCAAAUUCUCUGAAAUGCAACCAAAAAUAAAGUUAUCACUCUCCAAUUUUUAUUUCAACUUCAACACACAGAUAAAGAAUUGCGUCAGCAGAAAAUGAUGACAGAGUACAGACGCACAUAAACAACCAAAGACGCCAACCAGUGGACCCCUUUAGGCCUUGUGUAUGGAACAGACACAUCACUCCCAGAACCAAAGACCAAUGUUCCUGUUUUCCAGUGACUGCGUUAUGUUUCUAACAUUCUUUUCAUCGUUUCUAACUUCUAUGUCCCUGUGUCCCCUGUCUCAGUGAUGGCUGGGCGGACCGGUACGAUGUGACGGAUGGGUACGUGCGCGAGGCGGCGGGGGGGAUCACCAUCAAGCUGCAGUCAGCUGAUGUGAAGUGGUUUGAUGAGUACUACCUGAAGCUGCGGCCGGACAACAACCUGAGAAACCCCUGGUUCCCUGAGUUCUGGCAACACCGCUUCCACUGUAGGCUGAAGGGACACCCACAGGAGAGCCCCAAGUACAACCGCACCUGCAACAGUGAGUAUACACACACACACACAGUUCUGGAAACCAGGUGUGUUUGUGGGCGUCAAUGAUGACGUCAAAGGAUGUAUGAAGUAGAGAAUGGAGAGAUAUGAUUGUAAGACGUCAGGCAGGAGUGGAGCUCUCAGAUCGGACCAGUCCAUUCAACACAUCUGGACAAAGAGGCUCUUUCAUUCAGCCUGCCGCCACAUUCACUCCUCUGUUCAUUCAUAUAUCUGCAUAUUCAGCUGGGCACUCUCUCUCUCUCUCUGUGUGUGUGUGUGUGUGUGUGUGUGUGGUGUGUGUGUGUGUGUGUACUUUCAUGCAGGGCUAUAGUUCUGCUAAUCACAGAGGCAUCACAGAGCCAUGUUUCUCCAGAACUAAUAUAAAAUGAGCAGGCAGCUUUAGAUCACCCUUUCAUUCAGACACCCCCUCCUUCCAGUACACCUGGAACAUCUCUUUUAUGUCCAAAGUCUCUCUCCUCGCUCCUCUCUCUCGCUCUCUCUCUCUCUCUCCCUCCCCCCUCCUUCUCUCGCCUCUCUCUCCCUCUCUCCUCCCUCUCUCUCUCUCUCUCUCUCUCCCCCUCUCUCUCUUGCCCCCUUUCUCUUCUCUCUCCCCCUCUCUCUCUCUCUUCUCUCCCCCCCUCUCUCUUGCCCCCUUCUCUCUUAUCUUUCCCCCCUCUCUCUCUCCCCUCCCUCUCUCUCUCUCGCCCUCUUUCUCUCUAUCUCUCCCCCUCCCUCUCCUCCCCCCCCUCUCUCGCCUCUCUUUCUCUCUAUCUCUCCCCCCUCCCUCUUCUCUCUCUCUCUCUCCUCCUCUCUUCUCUCCCCCCUCCUCCCUCUCUCUCUCCCCCCCUCUCUCUCUCCCCCCCCCUUUCGCUUCCCCCUCCCCCACCCCCGCCCUCCCUCUCUCUCUCUCUCUCUUUCGCACCAUUCAUAUGUAAAACUUCCGGUGUGAUUGCUUCAAAAGGACUCAUGUAUUCUAAUGAAAAUGAACUGAACAAGAUGAGACAGAAGCCCCGUUUAUACCUGGUUCAAACAUGCGUCCGUUGUCCUGAUCUUGUCCACAUUCUGAUUGUGCCCAAAUUUGUCAACAGGUGUAGACAAUCAAAAGACGCAUUGUGAUCUGAUUGUGAUUAGAUCUACCCGACCACAUCCGGAGGUAGUCGAAGAUGCAUCUUGUACAGACAUCCUUGAAGUGUAAACAAAUCCGGACUAUGAAAACGUAUACAUUUGGCCAAUGUCCCACCCUCUCAACAAAACAAUCCCGCUGGCCAGUUGGAUUAGGAUCAUGGUCUUCAUUAGAAACCAAGAGUCUACUGGCAUUGUGGUCGGAUGCCACAGUCCAAUGCCGCAUCCAGCUCUGAAUAAAAUGGGCAUGUAGAAAUAAAGAUAUUUAUGAGAGAUCGUCCCAAAUGAGAGAAAAAGGGUUCUCCCGUUCCCACGUCCAAAUCCAGCGCAAAAUCUAAUAUUUAAAAACAUCGUAAGCUACAGAAAGGCCAAGGACUGUAAUAGUAGAAUUUUAACUGAACUACAAAUAAAUUGGGGAGGCAUGGGACGGACUAUUAUGGAGCCGCAGCAGAAGAGAACAGUCCAUGACAAGUGUAUGGCAAGGUAUAAUGUGGAGGUCUAAUGUUCCCCUGUACCUUUAGAUCAAGGUAUAAUGUGGAGGUCUAAUGUUCCCCUUGUACCUUUAGAUCAAGGUAUAAUGUGGAGGUCUAAUGUUCCCCUGUAUCUUUAGAUCAAGGUAUAAUGUGGAGGUCUAAUGUUCCCCUGUAUCUUUAGAUCAAGGUAUAAUGUGGAGGUCUAAUGUUCCCCUUGUACCUUUAGAUCAAGGUAUAAAUGUGGAGGUCUAAUGUUCCCCUUGUAACCUUUAUAUCAAGGUAUAAUGUGGAGGUCUAAUGUUCCCCUUGUUACCUUUAGAUCAAGGUAUAAUGUGGAGGUCUAAUGUUCCCCCCUGUACCUUUAGAUCAAGGUAUAAAUGUGGAGGUCUAAUGUUCCCCUGUACCUUUAGAUCAAGGUAUAAUGUGGAGGUCUAAUGUUCCCCUGUACCUUUAGAUCAAGGUAUAAUGUGGAGGUCUAAUGUUCCCCUGUACCUUUAGAUCAAGGUAUAAUGUGGAGGUCUAAUGUUCCCCUGUACCUUUAGAUCAAGGUAUAAUGUGGAGGUCUAAUGUUCCCCUGUACCUUUAGAUCAAGGUAUAAUGUGGAGGUCUAAUGUUCCCCUUGUACCUUUAGAUCAAGGUAUAAUGUGGAGGUCCAAUGUUCCCCUGUACCUUUAGAUCAAGGUAUAAUGUGGAGGUCUAAUGUUCCCCUGUACCUUUAGAUCAAGGUAUAAUGUGGAGGUCUAAUGUUCCCUGUACCUUUAGAUCAAGGUAUAAUGUGGGAGGUCUAAUGUUCCCCUGUACCUUUAGAUCAAGGUAUAAUGUGGAGGUCUAAUGUUCCCCUUGUACCUUUAGAUCAAGGUAUAAUGUGGAGGUCCAAUGUUCCCCUGUACCUUUAGAUCAAGGUAUAAUGUGGAGGUCUAAUGUUCCCCUGUACCUUUAGAUCAAGGUAUAAUGUGGAGGUCUAAUGUUCCCCUGUAUCUUUAGAUCAAGGUAUAAUGUGGAGGUCUAAUGUUCCCCUGUACCUUUAGAUCAAGGUAUAAUGAACGAUGGGCUAUUCACACUCUAUUUAAGUUGCUAUAUCAGAUAUGAAAAUAAUACAUUGGUGUUAAAAUGCAAUCCUUUUCGAUUUUAAUAUUUUAUAUUAUAUUCUGUAAAUCUUUGGCAUUUUCCAGCUAGCAAUACAGUGCAGAAUAUGUCCAAACUGAUGCUUAAUGGCGCAUAGCUUUCUGAAAGCAUGAGCGAGGCCACUGUCUAAUAUAAUGUAGGCUUCAAUACGAAGAACUCUUUAGGCUACUUUUAGAUUGACACUUUAUUUCUUUAUAAAGCCAUUUGCUUUACACAUGUGCGCCUUUGUACUUUUGAUUGAUUGUCGCUUUUAUCCGUGCAUUUUCAUAAUUUGACCAGGCAUCCUACUGGGAACACCAUUUCAUUUCAAUGUGGAAAUGUGGGUACUUUUUGGUUGAGACGUUGAUCAAUGAGAUUUCAAUCUUUAUUCACUCACUCAAAAAGUGUUAUCACUGCACUUUCAACCAUUUAAAGCACAAAAAAGAUCAAAUGGGAAUACAAUGUCAGAUAUUUUGUAUUUAUACAAUAACUUAAUGUGUUAUCACUGUGCUUCAUCUAAUAGCACAACGAAAUGACCUGGACUGUAGUUGAGAUUCCAUUAAAAGUACAUGGUGCAAGUGAUCAAUGCUGAUUUUUAUAUUGCGAAGAUCUCCACAGACCUGCGACCUUUGCAUGCUAUCUUGAACAUGCACGCUUUCUAUGAUUACAUAAUAAGACUUUUAUAGUUACAGUAACCUCAAAAUGUGGCCAUGGAUGUGUUACUCAUUUUAAGGUUGCAUAAAAAUGGUUACAUUAGUUUAUAAGAUAGCCUUAACUUUAGGGUAUUUACUGUAUUACAAAAGUAAUAUUGAAUUGUGUUAGGUUGACAACGCAACCAAAUAUUACCAUUUAGGAGAUGUAUCUAAUGCUUGGACAGUUUAAUCUGAGCCACUGGCUUUAUCUUAUAUUUUUGGUUUAGUUGGGGAUGUGAAUCCAACAUAUAAUUUGUUAACUUGUCGACAAGUUAAUAUGCUAUUUACUGUAUUGCAAAAGUGAUAUUGAGUUGUGUUUGGUUGUCAACGCAACCAAAUAUCAACAAUUGAAGGAGAUGCCACUGACUUAGUCUGACUUUAAUUCUCAACCAAAAAUCAAAGUUAAGGAAUAGGACUAAAUCAAACUUUAAAUGCACCUUAAAUAAAGUUUGACUAUUCUUUAACUUAGAUUUUUGGUUGAAAUGGAGACGUGAAUCCAACAUAUUCAUGAUUAACUUGAAGAUUACAUUUCAACCACAGCUUGAAACCCUAGGCCUAUAUGUAUUGUCUAUUUUUAGUUGAACCCUGGGGUUGAAUUGAAACAACAGCUGUUGAUGACUUCACAAAUGUUAUAUAGGCCUAGAUACUAUCAUUGAUAGGGCUGUUACGGUGACCGUGUUACCGCCACACGGCAGUCAAAUGCCAUUUACAUUUACAUUUUAGUCAUUUAGCAGACGCUCUUAUCCAGAGCCACUUACAGUUAGUGAGUACAUAAAAAAAAAAAAUCAUACUGGCCCCCUGUGGGAAUCGAACCCACAACCCUGGUGUUGCAAACGCCAUGCUCUACCAACUGAGCUACACGUUUAGUCACAGUAAUUAGGCUUCUCCAAGCUCUAAUGCUGCUGAUGAUCAUUAGUAGCCUACCAAACUUGCUAACUGCCUGGUACUCAGCACUCUAUUGUCCCUAUAAUCACUCUGAAAUCAAUGCAAAUCUAAUGAAAAAUCGAAUCAAACACUUCAUAAGAGCCCAUGAGCUCAUGUUGUGCAACAUUUCAAUAGGCUAUGCAAUUGCGUGAGAAAACAGAGUGAUGGCCUAUAUUAAAAAGAGGAGGAACCCAUCAGCUUUCUAUAGGCUAGGCCUACUAUAUUUAUUUCUCAACUUUCCUAAUAUUAAGCACAUUGCUUCUCUUUACAACAGGAGUAUAGCCUACCUGGCUGGCAUGAAAAUGAACCACGGAAAAACCGUCCUCCAUUCGCUAUUUAAGUGCAUAGAUUACAUGUAUUUUUCCCCUGCUGCUGUUUCGAGACAGGUGCAUGAUAAUGGUCCAUUCUAAAUCAAAACUAAUUUCACACAUAUAUUAUUUAGUAAUGUAAAGACAAGAUUAAAUCAAGAAUAGUCUGAUGGGUGACAAUAUUAACCUAUCACUUGUGAAUUAUAUAUAAUCACUUGUGAAUGAUGCCCAGCUUGUGUGCAGUAAGCAAGAAACAGUGCAUGCCUUUUUUUGCGACUUUUUCAAAUCAUAGUCGCACACCUCAUGUAGCCUAGCCCAUAGGCCUAUAUGUUUUGAUAAGGUUUGUAUCACAACUAAAGUGGCCAAAUAACUUCUUAAAAUUAAGCACAUUAAUUUGCUUUACAAUGGGUGUAGAGCCUAACUGGCAUACAUACGCUAAUUGAUUGCAUUUUGGAACAUUCGUGCUUAUAGCCUACUGCCGUGUGCACAUUGUUGCGCUUAUAAUGUGAAGAAUUAGCCUAAUAGUUUAUCAACAGUUUGAAGCUAAACAUUCUGAUCUGUUGCGUCAGCGUCAUUGCUUAAAAACGUUUUUUUGAAGCUAGUGGUUGUUUUAAUUUGGGAUCUAUCCCAUCCCCACAACUGUCCCAGACUAUGUUUGGAAUAUUUAUUUCUUGCACAGAAUAGAAUAGGUCAACUUUUGUACUUUUGUACAUAGGCUAGUGCUUUUGCUGUUCGUUAGGCCGACUCGUCUUGUUGGCUGACGAAAAGUAAAUGUGGACAGUUUUUCCAAUAUCUUCAACAUGCACCUUGGAAUUGGAUAAGAAUGUACGCAGUUGCGUCCCUGAUGUGUCUGUCUUCACUUGUAGCCUGUGAAAAAGAUCACGUGACGGGCAUUGGCUAAUAAGAAUUCAGCUAUCUGAGAGAGCCAUGUGAGUCAGAGGUUCUUCGGAGCACGCAGCCGGGAGAAGGGAAUUAUAAUUAUUAUAUUCAGCCCAAGGGCACAAUGGCCACUGUCCACAAAAGGCAUGGAUUGUUUUAGGGGGAAUUACAGCCACACAAAGGGGAUGCCGUCGGGAAAUUCGAAGGCAUUAUCAAGUGAUUGUCAAAUUGUGAAUGAGAUGAAGUGUGUACAGCCUGCACAAAAAACAAAGCAGAGCUCAUGCCUUUCAUGUGACUUUUUUCAAAUCAUCAUUAGAGUCGCAUCAUGCAGCCUUAGAAUGUAUUAAAAAUCUAAACAUAUAGCCCAACGUUUGUAUCACAACUAAAGUUACAUAAAUAACUCUAAAUUAAGCAUAUAGGAGUACCUGUUUCUUUGUUAACCGCUCAACACAGAAUAGCCGCAUGUGCGCAUUCCUUCAAAUCGUUUUGAGAAAAAAUGACAGAAUAGCAUCCUCUGAGUUGUCCUUAUGUUAGGCCCUGAUCUGGCUAUGCCAUAAGGCUGUGGGCUACACUAGUUCAUUUAGCAGACAAAAUUUGCUUAGAAUUCCAUGCCAUUUUCUAUUUUAUUCAGCUUUGUUCAAUUGUAUUCUUCAUACUAUAAAAGAAUAUAAAAUAAUGCCAUGGAAUUCUAAGCAAGAGAUACUGUAGGUUCCCAAAACACAAAAUAUGUUCAGUUGUUAUGACAUUCAUACAAUGUUUAAGUUAGGUUGCAAAGGACAAUCCUUUAAUAUUGUAAGAAUGUUGAGAAUCUUCUGUAAGAAUCUCCAACUGUACAGCUUUUUUGUGUUUUGGGAACAUAUAUUUUGUGAUGUCCCCACAAUGUUCCCACCAGACUGUUUCCACAACCUAAUGAAACAUUCUGGGAACCUUUAAAGAACAGAUUAAAUGUUCUCCCAGUAUGUCACUUUUUUUCUUCCUAUGGUGCUGUUUAGGCCUUAUUUACAAUACAAGAUUACAAUAAUGUAAAGACAAGGUAUGUAAACAUCCAUGCUUAAAGAACAACCCUGUCCAGACCUGUUUGGAUAAUGUGUUGCACCAUUCAGAGAUGCACUUUGUAGCUUACUCUGUAACUUAACCUGUUUCUGUUUCUACUGUGUGCCUUAGAGCCUAAAUGGCAUUUUUAUUUCUACUGUGUAUUAUUUGUAUUUUGUACACAUCCAAAUACUCAGAUCGUUUGUGUGGUGACUUUUUUAGGGAUGGGAGAGAUUCUGUGAAUAUUUAUUGGCUGUGGACAGGUUGAGGUUAUCGGGACAGUAACUUAUCGUAGCUUAAAAGAGUCAGGACAGUAGACUAUUAGGCCCAGUCUUAAAUCGUUGGAUAACAAAAGUAAGUUGUAAUGAUGAAAGUAUAUAACUAUUGACUAUAAAAAUGUGCUGUUUUUUGUCGAUUUAUACAGCUUGUGUCAUAAUGGGAGGUCCAAGGCAGGUUGGAUUAAUUUCAACACAGGAAGGGACCAGGGAAUCUGGUCGCAAUACGGACGAAGUGGGCAGAUAAGAUACACAGUUUAUUACCAUGUGUAGACGCAACAAAUCUCGGAUCAUCUUGAUCAGAUGACGACAACCACAUGUUAAUGCAAGGUGUAACCACGGCUAGAGAGGAGAGGUGUGGGAGGAGAUGGGAAAAGAGGGUGUUUGAAGUUUCAUAAAGGCAGAACAGGUUAUUAGAUACAGGUUGGUCUAAUUGGUCUCUUCCUUUUUCUCUCCCUCCCUCCAUCCUUAUCCCUCCAUCUCCCCCCCACCCCCCCUCCCCUCCCUCCAUCUCCCCCCUCCCCUCCCCUCCCUCCAACCCCCUCCCUCCUCCUCUCCCUCCAUCCCCCAUUCCAUCUCCCCCUCCCCUCCCUCCAUCUCCCCCCUCCCCUCCCUCCAUCUCCCCCCGCUCCCUCCAACCCCCUCCCUCCUCCUCUCCCUCCAACCCCCUCCCUCCUCCUCUCCCUCCAUCCCCCCCUCCAUCUCCCCCUCCCUCCAUCUCGCCCUCCAUCUCCCCCUCCCCCCCUCCAUCUCCCCCUCUCCCUCCAUCCCCUCCCGCUCCCCCCCUCCCACAUCUCCCCUCCCCUCCUCUCCCUCCACCCCCCUCCCCUCCCCUCACCCCCCUCCUCGCCAUCCAUCUCCCACCUCUCCCUCCAUCUCCCCCCUCCUCCACCCCCCCGCCAUCCACCACCACCACCCCCCCCUCCAUCUCCCCCCCUCGCCCUCCAUCUCCCCCCUCCCCCUCCCCUCUCCCUCACCCCUCCCUCUUCCUCUUCCCCCUCUCCUCCAUCUCCCCCCUCCCCUCCCUCCAUCUCCCCCCUUUCACCAUCCACCCCCUCCUCCAUCUCCCCCCUCUCCCUCCAUCUCCCCGCGCCCUCCCCUCCAUCUCCCCCUCCCUCCAUCUCUCCCCCCUCCCUCCAUCUCCCCCCCCCCCAUCUCACCCUCCCCUCCCUCCACCCCCUCCCCCCCCUCCCCUCCCCCUCCCCUCAACUCCAUCUCUCUCCCUCCCCCCCCCCCCCCCCCCCUCCCCUCUCUCCAUCUUCCCAUUCUCUCUUUUUCUGUCUUUCUCCUCUCUGGUUCUCUCCCAGAGCGGGAGUCAUUGCGACAGCAGUAUGCCCAGGACACUAAGAUGGGCUUUGUGAUCAAUGCCAUCUACUCCAUGGCCUAUGGGCUCCAUAACAUGCAGCGCUCACUCUGCCCAGGCUACCAGGUGGGUGCUACUGGACUGGACUGGACUAAACACAACCCACUGUCACUAUUAUAGUUGAUUAUAGUUGGGAUUGCUCAUAUUGUCAUCGAGAUGAUGAUGGUGAUGAUGAUGUUGAUGAUGCUGCUGAUGAUGAUGAUGAUGAUGGUGUUGAUGAUGAUGAUGAUGAUGAUGAUGUUGAUGAUGAUGAUGCUGAUGAUGGUGAUCCAGGGGCUGUGUGAUGCCAUGCGACCUAUAGAUGGAGCCACACUGCUGGACUUCCUGAUGAAGACCAACUUCACAGGCGUGUCUGGAGAAGGCAUCCUGUUUGACGAGAACGGAGACUCACCUGGCCGGUACGUGUGUGUGUGUGUGCGCGCGUGUGUGCGUGUGUAUAUGUGCGCGUGUGUGCGUGUGUGUGUCUAAAUAGGACAUCAUAAAUAACAAGAGCAGUGAGUCACCUGGCUGUGGUGAUCUCAUCCCAUAUAUCUCUGUACCUUAGUAUGUAUGUAUCAAUAGAUUCAGAGGUACUGACUCCUGUGUGUGUGUGUGUGUGUGUGUGUGUCUCUGUGUGUGUGUCUCUGUGUGUGUGUGUGUCUGUGUGUGUGUCUGUGUGUGUGUGUGUGUGUGUGUGUGUGUGUCUGUGUGUGUGUGUUUGUGUGUGUGUCUGUGUGUGUGUGUGUGUGUGUGUGUCUGUGUCAGAUAUGAGAUCAUGAACUUUAAGAAGAUGGGGAAGGACUACUAUGACUACAUUAACGUAGGGAGCUGGGACAACAGUGGGCUGAAGAUCGAUGAUGAUGAAAUCUGGGCCAGCAAGGACACCAUCAUCAAAUCAGUCUGCAGCGAACCCUGUGACAAGGGACAGAUAAAGGUGAAACGCACCCUAGGGGGGAAGGGAGGGAGGAGGUGAAAGGCUGGCAAUGACAAGGACCCUUCUAGAUUAUCUCUGUUGAUGUUUCGAUCUCAUUGGUGCAUUCUCUCUAAGAUAGUAUUUUUGCAGCAUUCUGAUUGGUGGGUUUUUCCUGAGCUGAUGAGGGUGUUUUUCUGGUGUGUGUGUCCUCCAGGUGAUCCGUAAAGGAGAGGUGAGCUGCUGCUGGACCUGCACUCCCUGUAAGGAGAAUGAGUUUGUGUUUGAUGAGUACACCUGCCGAGCCUGUGACCUGGGCUCCUGGCCCACCUUCCACCUCACAGGUAACACACACACACACACACAAAAACAAAGACAAACACACAAACACACACUGAGGGUGUAUGGAUUGGCCUCUUUGCUCUUGGAAGUCUCCUCUAAAUGAAUCUCUUCAGUCUGGCUGAGCUGGAUCAGAUGCCAUCACACAGGUUAACUCCACAGACUGACUCAUUCACACAUCCCGCCCACAUCCUGGAAACACACACACACGCACAAAUGCACACACACAGACACAAAGAAAAACAAACAUGAAAUAUGGGUACAUUUACAUAAUGGUGUUUUUUCAAUUGUACAAUUCAUCUUUCUCCAUCAGAGGAGCACAUUUUUGUUGACAGCAAAGAGGGCAUGUUCUUUCAGCAGCACUGUUAAAUUCUUAGUGUUAUUAUGUGUGUGUGUGUCUGUGUGUGUGUGUGUGUGUCUAUGUGUGUGUGUGAUACGUGUGAUAGAAGGAGUCAGGCGCAGGAGAGUAAUACGCAUCCAAAGAGUUUAUUCCGUCGAUAAACAGUUGCGCAAGCAUGCGACAACAACACUCAGGCACAGGGGAAAAUACUACCCUGGCAACAACAAGGUAAGGGUAGCUCAACCGAGCUACACACAGCUCACUACAAACAAUCACCCACACAGACAAGGAAGCAGAGGGAACACUUAUACAAUGAAUAAUUGGGGCUAAGAACCAGGUGUGUGUGAUUAAUUAGACAAGACAAGUGGAGUGAUGAUAAAUGGAUCGGCAGCAGCUAGUUAGCCGGUGACUACGAACGCCGAAACCUGCCCGAACAAGGAGGAGAGGCAGCCUCAGCGGAAGUCGUGACAGUACCCGCCCCCCCUUGACGCGCGGCUCCAUCAGCGCGCCGACCCCGGCCUCGGGGACGGCCAGGAGGACACAGAGCAGGUCGAGCCGGAUGGCGAUGGUGGAAAUUCCGUAACAUGGAGGGAUCGAGGAUAUCCCUCACCGGGACCCAGCACCGUUCCUCCGGACCGUACCCCUCCCACUCUAUGAGGUACUGAAGGCCCCCCACCCGACGCCUCGAAUCCAGGAUGGAACGGGCCGAGUACGCCGGGGCCCCCUCAAUGUUAAGAGGAGGUGGAGGGACCUCCCGCACCUCAGACUCCUGGAGUGGACCAGCUACCACCGGCCUAAGGAGAGACACAUGAAACGAGGGGUUAAUACGGUAAUCAGGGGAAAGUAAUAACCUAUAUGUGACCUCGUUGACUCUCCUCAGGACUUUGAACGGCCCCACAAACCGCGGGCUCAGCUUCCAGCAGGGCAGGCGGAGGGGCAGAUUCCGGGUCGAGAGCCUGACCCGAUCCCCCGGUACAAAGACGGGGGCCUCACUGCGGUGGCGGUCAGCGUUGGCCUUCUGACGACGCACGGCGCGUUGGAGGUGAACGUGGGCAGCAUCCCACCUCUCCUCCGCACGCCAAAACCAGUCAUCCACCGCAGGAGCCUCGGUCUGGCUCUGGUGCCACGGUGCCAGAACCAGUUGGUAAUCUAGAACACACUGGAAAGGCGUUAGGUUAGUGGAGGAGUGGCAGAGAGAGUUCUGGGCAUAUUCUGCCCAUGGCAAGAACACUAACCACUCCCUCGGCCGGUCCUGGCAGUAGGACCGCAGGAACCUACCCACGUCCUGAUUUACCCGUUCCACCUGCCCAUUACUCUUGGGGUGGAACCCAGAGGUCAGGCUGACCGAGACCCCCAGACGUUCCAUGAACGCCUUCCAGACCUUGGACAUGAACUGGGGACCUCGGUUAGACACUAUAUCCUCUGGUACCCUGUAGUGCCGGAAGACGUAAGUAAACAGGGCCUCCGCAGUCUGCAGGGCUGUGGCGAGACCGGGCAGAGGAAGGAGGCGGCAGGACUUUGAGAAGCGGUCCACAACGACCAGGAUGGUGGUGUUACCUUGGGAGAGGGGAAGAUCAGUCAGAAAAUCAAUGCUAAGGUGAGACCAUGGUCGUUGUGGAACUGGUAAUGGUUGUAGCUUACCCGCUGGAAGGUGCCUAGGUGCCUUACUCUGGGCGCACACCGAGAAGGAGGAGACGUACACCCUCACGUCCUUAACCAAGGUAGGCCACCAGUACUUUCCGCUCAGGCAGCGCACUGUACGACCGAUACCUGGGUGACCAGAGGAGGGUGACGUGUGUGCCCAGAAGAUCAGAUCAUCACGGAUAAGAGCAGGCACGUACUGCAGCCCAGUGUAGAUGGAUCUGUGCGUAAUGCCUGCUCUAUAUCCGUGUCCAUCGCCCAUACUACCGGCGCCACAAUGCGGGAGGCCGGGAGUAUGGGGGUGUUGUCUCUGGGCCUCUCCUCUGUGUCAUACAGCCGGGACAGUGCAUCUGCCUUCACGUUCUUUGUACCCGGAAUGUAUGACAAUGUAAAAUCAAACCGGGUGAAGAAUAGGGCCCACCUGGCCUGGCGAGGAUUCAGCCUCCUCGCUGCCCGGAUGUACUCCAGGUUACGGUGGUCCGUCCAGACGAGGAAAGGGUGUUUCGCCCCUUCGAGCCAAUGCCUCCACACGGUCAAAGUUCGGACAACAACCAACAGCUCCCGAUCACCAACGUCGUAGUUCUGCUCCGCCGGGCUGAGCUUCUUCAAGAAGAAGGCACAGGGGCGAAGCUUGGGUGGCGUGCCCGAGCGUUGGGAUAGGACAGCGCCCAUCCCUACCUCGGACGCAUCCACCUCCACUACAAACGGUAGUGAUGGAUCGGGGUGGGCUAGUACCGGAGCUGAGGUGAACAGACCCAGCAGUCUCCUGAAGGCCAGAUCCGCCUCAACAGACCAACGGAGCCGGGACGGCCCACCCUUCAACAGGGAUGUGAUGGGGGCUGCGACCUUGCCAAAGCCCCGGAUAAACAUUGAUAGUAGUUGGCAAAGCCAAGGAAUCCCUGCACCUCCUUAACCGUGGUUGGAGUCAGCCAAUUACGCACGGCUGAAAUGCGAUCUCCCUCCAUCUCCACCCCUGAGGUGGAAAUGCGGUAUCCAAGGAAAGAGAUGGACUGCUGGAAAAACAUACACUUCUCUGCCUUAGUAUAAAGGUAAUUCUCCAACAGUCGGGCCAGCACCUUGCGAACCAGGGACACAUGCUCAGUGCGAGUAAUGGAAUACACCAGGAUGUCAUCGAUGUAGACCACUACACCGCGACCAAGCAUGUCCCGAAACACCUCGUUCACAAAGGACUGGAAAACUGAGGGAGCAUUCAUCAAACCAUAGGGCAUCACCAGGUAUUCAUAAUGCCACGUGGUUGUGCUGACUGCUGUUUUCCACUCAUCCCCCUCUCGAAUACGCACCAGGUUGUACGCACUCCUGAGAUUCAAUUUGGUGAAGAAGCGCGCCCCAUGCAUCGAUUCAACCAUUGAAGGAAUGAGGGUGAGAGGAUAACUAAAUAUGAUUGUCUCCCUGUUCAGUGGUUGAUAAUCAAUGCACGGGCGCAGACCUCCGUCCUUCUUCUUCACAAAGAAGAAUCUCGAGGAGGCGGGUGAAGUGGAGGGACGUAUAUACCCCUGAAGCAGGGACUCGGUGACAUAUGUCUCCAUAGCCACCGUUUCCGCCUGUGACAGGGGGUAUAUAUGACUCCUGGGAGGUACAGCAUAUACCCUGAGGUUUAUCGCGCAAUCCCCUGCCCGGUGAGGUGGUAACUUAGUCGCCUGCGCUUUAGAGAACGCUUGCGCCAGAUCACGGUAUUCGGGGGGAAGGCGCACUGUGGAGGUACUAUCUGGACUUUCCACCGUGGUGGCACCAACGGAAACAUCUAGACACCUACCCUGACACUCACGCGACCACCCCUUGAGAGCCCUCUGCGGCAAUGAGAAGUUGGGGUUGUGGAGUGCUAACCAAGGGAUACCUAAUACCACAGGGAAAGCAGGAGAUUCAAUAAUCGAAAAAAUCACCUGCUCAAAAUGAUUCUCCUGGGUGAUCAUGGUGACUGGUAUAGUGACUUCCUUAACCAACCCGGACCGUAAUGGUCGACUAUCGAGUGCUCUGAGGGGACGUGGAAUGGAGAGGGGAACCAAUGAAAUGCCUUGACGGCGUGCGAAUGCCCUAUCCAUAAAGUUCCCAGCUGCGCCUGAAUCGACUAGCGCCUUACACUGGGGAACUACCAUGUGAUCGGGAAAGUGGAUAGGUAGUGUACAGUGCACAACAGAGGGCUCUGAACAAGUGUGGGUGUUUCGAUACCUGGGGUGAUGCGUGAGAGCCCUGCCUUUCGCCUCCAGGCCUAAAAGAACGUUGACUACGACGUGUGGUGGAUAUUCCCUUCGUGCCACCAGAGUGGCACUGUCGCUGUCCUCCUCCGCUCUCUUGACUGGCAGCUCCACCCAGCUCCAUCGGCUCGAGGUCCGAGUCUUCCGGGGUGGAAGCGGGCAGACCCCUACCAGGACGUCCUCUGGCUGCCAGCAGGUUGUCCAACCGAAUGGCCAUGUCCACCAGUUUAUUGAAGGACAACAUGGUGUCCCGGCAGGCUAGCUCCCGUCGGAUGUCCUCCCGCAGAUGGCACCGGAAAUGGUCGAUCAGGGCCCGCUCGUUCCACCCGGACCCCGCUGCCAGCGUCCGGAACUCCAACACGAAGUCCUGCGCGGUCCUCGUCCCCUGCCUCAGGUGGACCAGUCGCUCACCCGCCUCUCGGGCGGGUGGUCGAAUACCGCCCGAAAGAGGCGAGCGAACUCCCUGUAGUCCUCCAACGAGGCUCCUCCUUCGUUCCACACCGCGUUGGCCCACUCCAGGGCUUUUUCACAGAGGCAGGAAACGAGGACGGACACCUUCUCCCGCUCCGAUGGUGCCGGCCUAAUGCUGGCGAAGUAAAGCUCCAAUUGGAGGAGGAAUCCCUGGCACAGCGCCGCUGUCCCCUCAAAUGCCCGUGGACGGGAUAUCUGGAUCCCUCCUGGUGCUGGGGUGUAGGUGGCUGGAUCUGGUUGGCCAGCUGGUCUCGACAGAUCGGGUCUGCUCCUCUCCAGGCGUUAAGACUACCUGAAGAACCCGAUCCAUCGCUUCCCCCAAGCUGGCCAGCAUCGUGGAGUGCUCCUGGACCCGUGCCAUGAAUCCACGCUCUUCUCCUGCUGACUCCAUAGCGGUUGGGUGAUUCUGUGAUGCGUGUGAUAGAAGGAGUCAGGCGCAGGAGAGUAAUACGCAUCCAAAGAGUUUAUUCCAUCGAUAAACAGUUGCGCAAGCAUGCGACAACAAAACUCAGGCACAGGGGAAAUAUCUACCCUGGCAACAACAAGGUAAGGGUAGCUCAACCGAGCUACACACAGCUCACUACAAACAAUCACACACAGACAAGGAAGCAGAGGGAACACUUAUACAAUGACUAAUUGGGGAUAAGAACCAGGUGUGUGUGAUUAAUUAGACAAGACAAGUGGAGUGAUGAUAAAUGGAUCGGCAGCAGCUAGUUAGCCGGUGACGACGAACGCCGAAACCUGCCCGAACAAGGAGGGGAGGCAGCCUUGGCGGAAGUCGUGACAGUGUGUGUGUUUGUGUGUGUGUGUGUGUGUGUCUGUGUGUGUGUGUGUGUGUGUGUGUGUCUGUGUCUGUGUGUGUGUGCGUGUCUGUGUGUCUGUGUGUGUGUCUGUGUGUGUGUGUGUGUCUGUGUGUCAGUCAGUCAGUCACAGUAUAAAUGGAACUUCGUAGAGAAGUGAUUGUCUGAUGCUCCUCAGCAUGCUGUCACAGUUACACGAAUGAUGUAGCUACCUCAGUUACUGAUGAAGACAAUCUACGCAUCAACCAGCAUCCGUCACCUAUACUGACUCUGAAUCUGUACUAUUUCCUCCAGCUAUCUACCUGGAUCGCUCCUCGCAACUCCGCCUCACCCCCGCUCCUACCUCCUCUCUCCCCCCCCCAUCUCGUCUUUCCUGGCCUCUCUCUCUCCUCCUCCUCUCUCCCUCUCCCUCCUCUCUCCCUCUCUCUUCCUCCUCUCUCCCUCCCUCUCCCUCUCUCUUCCUCUCUCUGCCCUCCCUCUCUCUCCUCUCUCCCUCUCCUUCCUCUCUCUCCCUCCUUCCUCCUCUCUCUCUCUCUCCCUCUCUCCCUGCUCGUCUUCCUCUCUCUUCCUCUCUCUCCCUCUCUCUUCCUCCCUCUCUCCCUCUCUCUUCUCCUCUCCUCUCCUCCCUCUGUCUUCCUCCUCUCUCCCUGCUCUCGUCUUCCUCCUCUCAUCCCCUCCUCUUCUUCCUCCUCUCUCCCUCUCUUCCUUCUCUCUCCCUCUCUCUUCCUCCUCUCUCCCUCUCUCUCCCUCUCUCUUCCCCCUCUCUCCCUCUCUCUUCCUCCUCUCUCCCUCUCUCUCCCUCUCUCUUUCUCCUCUCUCCCUCUCUCUUCCUCCUCUCUCUUCCUCCUCUCUCUUCCUCCUCUCUCCCUCUCUCUUCCUUCUCUUCUUAAUUUGACACUGGCAUGGUCACCACUGCACUAAUUAUUCUGUAUUGAGGGCAAUUGUCUAUGCAAAUGUAUUUUAGUGGAGCUAUGGAUAUUGUUCUGUAAUGCAUUCGACUGCUCAUCAUUAUACAGCUGCUAGCCAGCAAGCGCCAAUGUUUAAAACAUGAGCCCAAUGCAUCACAGCUGCGAACACAGAUUCCACACUUUACUGGAGUAUUCUACAGCAACUCUUUAAGGAAAGGAGAGAAGUACACAGGAGAGAAGUAAGCGCUCACGUUUAGCAGCUGUAGAAGAGUCAUUACAUCAGGACAGUAAGUGUGACUGUGGCUGUGGGUAGCUCCCGGCGGCACUGUAACUGCUGUAGUGACGAUGAGUAAACAUUUUCAUUUACCUCUCAAACUCACUCCUGCAUUAGUGAAGGGCCACACUGAGAGAGAGAGAGAGAGAGAGAGAGAGAGAGAGAGAGAGAGCGAGAGAGAGAGAGACAGAGACAGAGACAGAGACAGAGUGAAAGCGAGAGACACACAGAGAGAGAGAGAGAGAGCGACAGAGAGAGAGAGAGAGAAAAUAAAUGGACAGAUGGAUGGAAAAAAAUAAAGUUGGAUGAAUGUAUUGAAAUGGAUUUGAUUUAAGGUUGGAGCAGGGGAGGCCUCAAUACAAAGUUCCUGAGUGACUAAAGUUGAGUUGAAUGUAACUUUAGUAAACAGUGUCUUCCAGAGUUACUGUUUCUUCUCUUAAUGGUACCUCCACUCCCAUUCAGCAAUUACGCUGUUGAUGUCUAAAAGCUUAACUACUUCACUGAUUAAUUUAACUUUAUAGACUGUGUUAAAGGUAGAGGCGUUAAAUGACUUCAUCUAUUUUAACGGCAGUGUGGCGGCGGUGUUCUGUCUGGUUUGGCGUCUCUGGUGUUCUGUCUUGGACUGACCCGCCGGUUCCGGGCUGUAUUUUCAGCUAGCAUUACACCAGCACCUAAUUAGAACUGUCCCUUUAAUUAAUGAGACUUGUCUCACAGCCCAGGAGGGGUGGGGGGACAGCGGGAGAGAGAGAAAGAGAAAGAGAAAGAGAAAGAGAAAGAGAAAGAGAAAGAGAAAGAGAGGGAGAGAGAGGAGGGCACAUGAGACAGUGAAGGUGAGAAAAAAGGAGGGGUAAUUAAAUCCAGAGAAAAAGAGAGAGAAAGAAAGAAAGAGAAACGUAUCAAUGCUGUUUGUUUUUAACCUCUUGCUUUCCCUUUCUCUCUCCACCUCCUCCCCCCUCCAGGCUGUGACCCUAUCCCAGUGGAGUACCUGCGUUGGGGGGACCCAGAGCCCAUCGCUGCUGUGGUCUUUGCUUGUCUGGGACUCUGUGCCACAUUCUUCGUCACCUCCGUCUUCAUCAGGUAACAACUUGUGGAUUUUAACAUAAUAAAUGUGAAAGUCAAUGUCAUAUUCAAACUUUUGUGAUUUUACUCUGUUGUUGGUUGAUAUAUUGGGAAAAUACAACCCAGGGGAUAACGCGUUAAAGCAAUUCCACUUGUUUCCAACGUGGUAUGGCACUGGGAUUGUUUUCAACAUGUAAUUUUAACUGUAAGUUAGUAUAUUUGUUAUAAGGUUAUAAAAUAAACUGUGUGGGUGUAGGUUCCGGGACACUCCGGUGGUGAAGUCGUCUAGCCGAGAGCUUUGUUACAUCAUCCUGGCUGGGAUCUGUCUGGGCUAUCUCUGUACCUUCAGUCUCAUCGCCAAGCCCCACGCUGCACACUGCUACCUACAGAGAUUGGGCAUAGGCCUGUCCCCUGCCAUGAGCUACUCUGCCCUGGUCACCAAGGUACAUCAUCAAGCCCCUCUUUACCUUGAUUCUUUCACCUACCAUGUCCUUGUACAUCUAGACAUGAGUAUCUCACAAACAGACUGUUUGAAGUCAUUAUUACAGAUUUCCCCUUUCUCUCCCGCUAUAAAGUCUAUUCAUUAAUUCAUUCAUUCUCUCUGUCGUGUUUGUUAUUGCAGACUAACUGUAUAAUCCAUAUCCUGGCUGUGUUGUUGUUGUUGUUGCAGACUAACUGUAUAGCCCGUAUCCUGGCUGUGUUGUUGUUGCAGACUAACUGUAUAGCCCGUAUCCUGGCUGUGUUGUUGUUGCAGAAUAACUGUAUAGCCCAUAUCCUGGCUGUGUUGUUGUUGUUGCAGACUAACUGUAUAGCCCGUAUCCUGGCUGUGUUGUUGUUGCAGACUAACUGUAUAGACCCGUAUCCUGGCUGUGUUGUUGUUGCAGACUAACUGUAUAGCCCGUAUCCUGGCUGUGUUGUUGUUGUUGCAGACUAACUGUAUAGCCCGUAUCCUGGCUGUGUUGUUGUUGUUGUUGCAGACUAACUGUAUAGCCCGUAUCCUGGCUGUGUUGUUGUUGUUGCAGACUAACUGUAUAGCCGUAUCCUGGCUGUGUUGUGUUGUGUUGCAGACUAACUGUAUAGCCCGUAUCCUGGCUGUGUGUUGUUGUUGCAGACUAACUGUAUAGCCGUAUCCUGGCUGUGUGUUGUUUGCAGACUAACUGUAUAGCCGUAUCCUGGCGUGUGUUGUUGUUGCAGACUAACUGUAUAGCGUAUCCUGGCGUUGUUGUUGUGCAGACUAACUGUAUAGCCCGUAUCCUGCUGUGUUGUGUUGAGAUACUGUUGCUAUCCUGGCUGUGUGUUGUGUGCAGGACUAACUGUAUAGCCCGUAUCCUGGCUGUGUUGUUGUUGUUGUUGCAGACUAACUGUAUAGCCCGUAUCCUGGCUGUCUUGUUGUUGUUGUUCCAGACUAACCGUAUAGCUCGUAUCCUGGCUGUGUUGUUGUUGUUGUUCCAGACUAACCGUAUAGCUGGUAUCCUGGCUGUGUUGUUGUUGUUGUUCCAGACUAACCGUAUAGCUGGUAUCCUGACUGUGUUGUUGUUGUUGUUGCAGACUAACCGUAUAGCCCGUAUCCUGGCUAUGUUGUUGUUGCAGACUAACCGUAUAGCCCGUAUCCUGGCUGUGUUGUUGUUGUUGUUGCAGACUAACCGUAUAGCCCGUAUCCUGGCUGGCAGUAAGAAGAAGAUUUGUACUAAGAAGCCAAGGUUCAUGUCUGCCUGCGCCCAGCUGGUCAUCGCCUCUCUACUCAUCCUGCUGCAGCUGGGCAUCAUAGUGGCUCUCUUCCUCAUGGAGCCCCCACAGGUAGGCUGUGCCUGCUGGGUGUGUGUAUGUGUGUGUGUGUGUGCGUGUGUGUCAGCUGGGGGUGGCAGGGAAUUGUCAGUCUGAGGGUCUGAGACUGCCUCUUAACGAAUGAAGUGAAUGAUACAUUUACUUGCUGAACUGGCUGAAGUGAAAACCCUGGUGCCAACACGGCCUCCACCUCUACAGUUGACCAAACCCACUUUCUGACUGUAUACAUACUGUACAGCAUCUACACUGAGUGUACAAAACAUUAAGAACACCUUCCUAAUAUUGAGUUGCACCUGUCUCCUCCCCUUCAUCUACACUGAUUGAAGUAGAUUUAACAAGUGACAUCAAUAAGAAGUAAUAGCUUUUACCUGCAUUCACUUGGUCAGUCUGUGUCCGCUCAGUGUAUGUACGCGCUGAUACUGAUGUCUCUACUACCUGCAGGUGAUCCACGACUACCCCAGCAUCCGGCAGGUCAACCGCAUCUGUUACACCACCAACCUGGGCGUGGUGGGGCCGCUGGGCUACAAUGGCCUGCUGAUCCUGAGCUGCACCUUCUACGCCUUCAAGACGCGCAACGUCCCGGCCAACUUCAACGAGGCCAAGUACAUCGCCUUCACCAUGUACACCACCUGCAUCAUCUGGCUGGCCUUCGUCCCCAUCUACUUCGGCUCCAACUACAAGAUCAUCACCAUGUGCUUCAGCGUCAGCCUCAGUGCCACGGUGGCGCUCUGCUGCCUGUUCGUACCCAAGGUAAGACACACAGGACAGAUAGAAACAAACUUCCGCUUUAACAAAAAAGGAAUCAGGUGCUCGACUGAGGGACUUGAAAAGGAAUGUUUUUUGGAAUAUUGUGUUUGGUUAUAAGGGGCUUGUGAAGGGUUAUAACAGGUGUUAUAUAGUGCUUAUAUAUUGUUAUGAAGGGUUAUGAAGCUCUUCUGUCUCUCUCCAGGUGUACAUCAUCCUGGCCAAGCCGGAGCGUAACGUGCGCAGUGCCUUCACUACGAGCACGGUGGUGCGCAUGCACGUGGGCGACGGGAAGUCCUCCUCGGUCGCCAGCCGCUCCUCCAGCCUGGUCAACCUCUGGAGACGACGCGGCUCCGCCGGAGAGACACUCAGGUGUGUGUGUGUGUGCUUGAAUGCGUGUGUGUGUGUGUAGCAGGGAAUACAGAGAGAUCCUGUCGAGCCUGUGUGGGGUCACACAGGAGGUAGCAUUUAGCUGAGGAGGGCACAGAGAUCAGUGAUGGGUCACUGUCGCUAAGUGAAUCUCAUUUGAGGGCCGUUUCAGUAACAGCCUUUUUAGUGCAGGGCCACUUCAAUGAGGGCCAUCUGAGUCAAUGCUUCCUCAGCCACUGUAAGUCUGUCUCUCUGUCUGACCUGAGUCCGACCCACAUACCUGAUUAUGCAGACGGAACUUUCCAGGAGAAAGGGAGAGGGGGAGAGAGUGAGAGGGGGGAGAAAGAGAGAGGGGGGAGAGAGAGAAAGGGAGAUAGAAAACAAGUUGAAGAGGACGAGCUAAAGGUCAACCUCUCUCUAAUGGAACAACCACAUGAUCAAGAAGCCCUAUGAAAUGACAGUGCUGCUCCACAGAAUACAAGGGAAAAGGACAUUCUCUUUAGUCAGCUGGUUACCGUCUCGCUUGGCAAGCAAGUUUACAAUCAGACCAUUAUACGAUGUGUCAGAAAUAUUCCUCUUCCCCCUCCGCUUUCCAUCUUUCUCCCCUUGUUUUCUGUGUGUGUGUGUGUGUGUGUGUGUUUGUGUUGGUGUCUGUUUGCUGAGGUUAUAUGAGUCUCACUAGAGUCCUCCCACCCCUAGCCACAUCAGCAUGAUUUAAUCAGAAGCUCCAUUAUAGAUUAAUCACACUAAUUAACCUGACAAUUGAGAGAGAGAGAGAGAGAGAGAGAGAUGGGGGGAGAGAGAGAAGAGGAGGACAGAGAGGGGAGUUAAAGGUGGAGAGGAGGAAUAGAGAAAAUGAUUUCUACACUGUUAUGCACCAGCUGAAACACACUUGUUUCAUUUCCUGUUUUCACUUCCUGUUUCCUGUCUCUGCAGCUCCAAUGGGAAGUCAGUAUCCUGGGCCCAGACGGAGCGGGGUUCCCGUGGGAACCACCUGUGGCAGCGCCUGUCGUUCCACAUCAAGAGGAAGGAGAACAACCAGACAGCUGUCAUCAAGCCUUUCUCCAAGACCCCAGAGGGGCGCUACAGUGGGGGCGCUGACCUGCCCCGCCACAUGUCCUCCCUCCCCCACUCCCACUCCCACCUUGACGCAGACAAGACCCUGUACGAGCUCACAGAGGCAGAGGAGAGAUACGCCGAGGAGAGAUACCCAAUCACCUACCGGCCCCAGACCCCUUCACCAAUCAGUACUGUCAGCCAGCACCUGCAUGGGGUGGGACUAAGGGAGGAGCCACUUGUGAUGGGCGUACCAACCUACCUGACCGGGGGUUCUGUCGGCGGGGGUGAUGUGUGCGACAGUUCUCUGAUGGAUCAAAUCAGCUGCGUGGUUAACCGUUUCACUGCCAACAUCAGCGAGCUCAACAGCAUGAUGCUCUCCCCGUCCCCCACACACUCUCACACACAUGCCCACACACACACCCUGAUGCCCUCCCACCCUACAGACCCCUUCCUCCUACCCCGGGAGAUCCCCCUCCCCCCCACCAUGACCACAUACGCUGACGUCCAGCCCCUCCCCCCUGUAGAGUCCUACGUAGGGGGACACGCCUGCCUCGCUCACCCCCUGCCACACUCCCCUCACCGUCUCCCUCACCCUCACCCUCGCCUCCUAACUCACCCUCAGGCCUCCCCCUCUCCGGUGCGACACCUCACUGUGGUGGUGGAGUCCCCUCUAAGGAGAGCAGAGCUGGAGGAGGAGCUAAUGAAUCUGACCCCGCCCUCGCCCUUCCGUGAUUCGCUGGGGUCAGGCAGUGGCUCCCCGGUCUCAGAGUCCACCUUGUGUCUGCCCCCGUCCUCGUCCCCUCCGCCCAAAUACGAAAUGCUGACCCUGAGAAACUACAGCCAGAGCUCUUCCUCACUGUGA